AUGGGAAGAGGUUUACAGCGGUCUCUCGUCACAAUAUUAUUCUUAUCCAAGUUGAGAGCGAGUGAUGGAUUCCAGACUACUACUCCAAGCAGGAGAAUACCAAAUGUGCCAAUACCAAAAGUACUGCCGCCGAUAACCACCACCAAAAAUCACAACCACCACCACUACCACCACCACCAAGCGCUCAAGCAUGGAUGCAAACGACAAAGACGGUCAACGUCGUCAGAGUUAAUGCUGGUGCCAGAUCCUUCCAUACUACAGCACUCAACCUCUGGUACUGCAGAGUUUUUAAUGGCCAAGGCGCAACUUGACUUUUCCCUCCCCUUUCAAGACAUGGCAAACAAUCUUUCGAGAUCCAUGCGGAUUGCCAUUCCCAACGCCCGUUCCAGUGUCCCAGAAGAGGCGACUGAGAUUGUGUUGGGAUCCAUGGGAAUGGAUCUCUUGAUAUUUUUGGCAUCUUCUGUCCUAGUCACCACGGCGGCCAAUGCCAUUAAAAUUACUCCUAUUCUGGGCUAUUUGAUUUUGGGUGCCCUCUUGGGUCCCAAUGGGUUGGACAUUUUUUCCAAUGCCCAAGCCGACGUCGGACUAGGAGACUUUGGGAUUUUAUUUUUGUUAUUUUCGGAAGGCCUCGAAGUCACUUCCGUCCGACUUCGCAAACUGGCCAAUUAUUUGCCACUGGGCAUGGCGCAAAUAUCACUGACGACCGGUAUCAUCACAGCAGCCUUGUUGGCCUUGGGAAAGUAUGCCCCCUCCACAUCGGCAUUUUUGAACAUUCGGGAUCCGAUACAGGCCUGUAUUUUGGCCGUCACCUGUACGCUUUCCACCUCGGCAUUUAUCUUUCCCGUGCUCAAGGAGCGAGAAUGGGAGGAAGAGCAAUCGGGAGCUUCGGCCACCACCAUUCUCUUAUUGCAAGAUUUACUGGUAGCACCGUUAUUGGUCUUGCUGCCCUAUCUAGUGGGAUCAGGACCCACGGAUUAUGCAGCGAUUGGGUUUCUCACACUGAAAGCAACCGUAGGCUUUGGGGGUGUCAUCUUUUUGGGAUCCUUGAUUCUGCAACAAAUAUUUGGCAUGGUGUCGCAGACAAGAUCUUCAGAAACCUUUGUCGCUCUUUGUCUUUUGGUUUCUGCCGGUAUGGGAGAGAUUGCCAAGACCUUGGGAUUGACAGACACGGCAGGGGCCUUUGCGGCAGGAGUCUUGUUGGCGAAUACCAACUACCGAGCACAAAUUCAAGCUGACAUCCUACCCUUCAAAGGGAUUCUUUUGGGUAUUUUCUUCAUGGACGCUGGAUCCAACUUUGAUUUGAAUCUAGUGCUUCAAGAAUGGCAAUAUGUCUUUGGAGGAUCCGCAGCAUUGGUUGCCAUCAAGGCUCUGACGCUCUUUGGAGCCACCAAUGUGCCAAAGAGGUUUGAACGAAAUCGACUUCCAACUGUGGAUGGGAUUCGAAUAGCAAUUCUAUUGGCGGGUGGAGGAGAGUUUGCUUUUGUGGUAUUGGCACUUGCCGGGAAAAUUGGAGUGCUCUCGGAUGACUUGAUUGCAAUCUUGACGGCUAUCGUCCUCGUUACCAUGGGAAUUACGCCAAUUCUUGGGGACGUUGCCGCACUUGUAUCUCAGCCAUUUGAAAUCGACGAAACUGACAUCGACGAGGUGAAUGCUAAAGAUGAUAUUCAAGAUAUUGCAGCACAGAUUGAAGUUGCAGAAGAUUCCAUUGUGGUGUGCGGCCAUGCAGAAAUUGGCAGAGCCGUUCUUCGGAAACUUGUGGAGUUUCGAGAUUCUUCCAGAGAUGAAUCAUUUUCGAAUAGCGAAAGGGGAAUUCCAGACAUUGUUGCCUUUAGUCGCAAUCCCAGCCUCGUGGACUCCGUCCUCACUCCAGCACCUGGGGCCAUUGUUCUCUACGGCGAUGGAAACAAUCCCACUGUCAUAAAGUCAAGUGGAGUGACGAAUCCAAAAGGAAUCUUUGUCACCUAUAAUGACGGAAACGUCGUCCUUGCAGCUACUGCGAGACUGCGAGCUGCCUUUCCAGACACUCCAAUUUAUGCUAGAGCUUCCAAGCGAAGGGACAGUCGCAAUCUUCGACUUGCUGGUGCGACCACUGCGGUUGUCGAAGGUGAUGAAUUGGCACGGGCCAUUCCAGAUAUCAUGAGAGGUGCAUGGGAAGGUUCUUUGGACGCUGGCGACUAUGACGCCUACGACGAACUUCGCCAGUCUGCGGCAUCUGCCGCUCAAAUUCCGCUCACCGUGGCCGAUGAAUUGAUUGAACUUUACAAUUCGCUAGACCUAUGUGCCACUGGGCUGAUUGGACGAGACGAAGUCGUCGAAAUGUUUCGAAGAACCAAAAGAGGAUUUGUUGCAUCCGACUCCGAGAUUGCUGAAAUGGAAAAAUGGUUGAAGUCCAGCUCGGUUCAUGUCAUGGAUCCCUUGGACCGAGUAGAAUUCUGUAGACUCUAUGCAAGAGCUCCGGAUUUUGUAAAGAAAUCGUUUGGGGUGAUCAAACAAGACCAAAAGCCACCACGAAAACAAUCCCGAAAGCAAUCAUGA